AUGCUGCGGUGUUUCCUCUCUUUGUCGGCAAUCUUCAGCGUCUCACUCGCUCUAUCCGGGCAAUCACAACUCGACUUCAAUCGCGGCCUCGAAGAUGAACCGGCGACGACUUGGCCGUCUCUCCGCUUCCAAUUCACGCUCAAGCGCAGCUCAAUGAGCGUCUAUGGCCAAUCCGACUUCGACGUGCACGCGAGCCCCGUCCUCUCCGACAACCAAGACAACAUCCUCUACGACGUAUUCGCGACGUUCACGGAAGAGUCAACUCAAGUUAACUACACGCUCGCCGACGGCAUUUCGUACUUGACAACUCGCUCCUCAGAUGAAGACACAGCGUCUUCGGAAUGCUUGGACGCGGAGUCCGAUAAACUGCCGCCAAUCAACACCAUCGUCAACGCUCUGAACGAGGCCACGCCAGUAUCAAGUGCUUAUGGGAGGAGUGGCAGUACUGCUGCUCAGUGCUCAAGCGACAACUUCUUCAAAGUAUCGGUGAACGGCAUCUCCUUU